AUGAAGUUCAAUAUACUUCUCCUAUUGCUUGCGGGGGCCUGUUUGCCAACAUUCUCUCAAGAGAUCAAGCCCAAGCCGGAGCUCCUUCCUGCAGACGAAACACCGAAAGAUCCAGAAGCUUCGUUCUCCGAAGGUGAACCGUUCGAGCUGACUGAUGCCCUUGAAACACCCAAAAAUGGAUCCGCUCCAGUCCCAGAGCCAGAACCGAAGCCGGAGCCAGAGCCAGAACUAUUCACAAAAGCCGAACCAACUUCAGAACCGGAACCGGCCAUCAAGUUUGAUAACAUCGAGUCGGAAGAUUAUGGAGACGUCGCCGAGGCCGUUGUUUCCCAGCCGGACGAGCUGAACACGGAAGUCAUUGAACAGCUUGUCGACCGUUUCUUGAACACUGGAUCCAUUGUGGUGUGUGAUUAUCGCUCAUUCAGCAUGACAGUUAUGAUGCUUUUAGGAUAAGACGAAGAAGGGACCAGUUUUCGCAAACCCUGUCGCCCAGGCGCUUGUUAACAGCAGCGAUUAUUGGAAAACGGAGAACGUCGAGGUAUUGCUAUCCCAUCCCACUUUCGUUUUUCCAUUAUUUCGUGUCGUUUCAGGCGCCAGGAUCGAUUAAAGACGAGGCAAAACUCCGCUCGUGGCUGGCCGGAUACGAACCAGAAGCCAUUAAGGUAGAGAUGAUAUGAUAAAAACGUCACUGUGAGAAAGAAAAAGACGCCUGAGUGAGUGAGUAGCAUCGGGAUAGAGACAGAAAGAGGGAAAUACUGGAUUCGUGAUGGGAUUUGCGCGGCGGCAAAUAAAUGAAGAACGGAUAAUUGGGCUUCGAAUCAAAAACGUGUUGUCUUCAUUGUCUUGCGAGCGAGAAAAAACUGAGACGUUGCGUGUUCAUGGAUAAAAUGAAAUGAGGUGUUGGCUUACAGGUUCUCCGCGAAGUUGCUCUCUCUGCCUGGAGAUACUUUAACAAUGCUUCUCCCUCUCUCAAGAUUGCUCUCGACGAAGCUCAGAAUGUUCUUUCUCUCUUCGUUCGCAGUACUUCCAUGCAAGCCAAGCAGUUCGACAUGUCUUCUGUGACCGAUGAGACGCUCAAGAGACAGCUCGGAUACGUUUCCUUCGAAGGAAUGUCCGCUCUUGCCGCACCUAGAUUCGCCGAGUUCUCUCAGGCUCAAUCUUUUGUAAGCUUCAAAAACAGAGUGAGGACCAACAAUAAAAACGAACCAUUUCAGCUGAACCGUGAUUCUAAGGAUUCUACCAUUUGCGACAAAGAUGUGCCACCACCAUGUGCUCUUCAGUAAGAAAAACUCUCAUCAAAGAGUCUUCAACUGAAAAAAACAUUCAGAAAAAUUGACAUGGACUCUAUCUUCCGCAACGAAAAAGAUGCCUCUAGACUCCAGCACUUGUGGGUUUCUUAUGUCACCGCUAUUGCCAAGUCGAAGCCGGCCUACAACAACAUUAUCACCAUUUCCAACGAAGGUGCAAAGCUCAACGGAUUCGCAAAUGGAGGAGCCAUGUGGAGAAGUCCAUUCGACAUGUCUUCGAAGCACCACAAGGCUGAGUUCGAUUUGAACAAGCAGAUCGAAAAGAUUCACUCGACCAUCCAACCAUUCUACCAACUUCUCCACGCUUACAUGCGCCGCCAGUUAGCCGGAAUCUACUCGAACCCAGCUGGCUUGAGCAAGGACGGUCCGAUUCCAGCUCAUCUUUUCGGAUCCUUGGAGGGAGGAGACUGGGGAGCACAUUACGAGCAGACGAAGCCAUUCGAAGACGAAUCUGAGACACCAGAAGCUAUGUUGGCCGCUUUCACUUCUCAAAACUACACCACCAAGAAGAUGUUUGUGAAUGCCUACCGUUACUUCAAGUCCGCAGGAUUCCCUCAACUUCCAAAAUCUUACUGGACUAGCUCGAUCUUUGCUCGUGUUUGGAGCAAGGAUAUGAUCUGCAGUCCACCAGCUGCUAUUGAUAUGCGGGCUCCAAAUGACUUCAGAGUCAAGGCCUGCGCUCAACUCGGAGAGCCAGACUUCGAACUCGCUCAUUCUCUUCUCAUCCAAACUUACUAUCAGUUCUUGUACAAGGAUCAGCCACUUCUUUUCAGGUAAUUUCAAAAUCAACAAGCGGUUUCAGAAUAAUUGUUUAACCUGCAGAGAACCAUCUUCCCCAGUUAUCACCGACGCCAUCGCCGACGCUUUCGCCCAUCUCUCCACCAACCCUCACUACUUGUACUCUCACAAGCUUGUCCCAUCAGAGCAUCUUGAAAUCAAGGACUCUGUUAUUAUCAACAAACUGUACAAGUGAGGGAAUAGUGCUGACUAUUCACACUGAUAAAAAACAUUAUUUAAGGGAAGCGCUCGAAAGCUUCACGAAACUGCCAUUCACAAUCGCCGCUGACAACUGGAGAUACGAGUUGUUUGAGGGAAAAGUACCCACGAACAAGCUUAACGACAGAUGGUGGGAAAUCAGAAACAAGUACGAGGGAGUUCGUUCUCCACAACCAUACAACACCUCCAACUUGGACGCCCUCAUUCACAAUGCCGUUUCUCAAGUCCACUCUCCAGCUACCCGCACUCUUAUCAGCUACGUACUCAAGUUCCAGAUCUUGAAGGCUCUCUGCCCAGAGGGAACUAUCUUGGUAGCACAUAGAAAUAAGCGGAAAGGUCUCAAAGUAUUUUUUUUAGAGCGAGGGAUGCAUUCUGUCCGAGGAUACCACAGAGAAACUCCGUGAGACCAUGAAGUUGGGAUCUUCAAUCACCUGGUUGAAGGCCCUCGAGAUGAUUUCCGGAAAGGGAGAACUUGAUGCUCAGCCACUGCUCGACUACUACGAGCCACUCAUCAACUGGCUCCGUAACACUAACGAGAUCGAUCAGGUGGUCAUCGGAUGGGACGGAGAAGGAACGCCAUUCACUGUGUAAGAGCGCAUUAAUGGACAAUUCGGAUAAGAAUCGUCCAAUUUACAGUGAGGAAAUUCCAAAGACCAGACAGCCAGGAGAUGGAGGAAAUGGCUUGCCAAGCGAGGACAGAGUUGCCUUCCCGGGUAGGUCUCAAGUGGUCUUGCAAGACUAAUUUGUUCACUUCCUCAGGAGGAGAAUGCGUGAACGGACAGGAAUGCCUGCUUGAUUCGCACUGCAACGGAACCGUCUGCGUUUGCAACGAGGGACUCUUCACUUUGGAGAUCGGAAACACAGUCAACUGUGUUCCAGGAAACCCAGCUGAUAGCGGAUUUGGAGAUGGAAAGGUAGGCGUCGAGAGUUGAACUAUUUUCAUAAAAAUCAAUGUAUUCAGGGAGGACUUGUCAUUGGACUCUUCAACAACGAUGACACCACCCCAGAGCCAGUGGCCGAGCCAGAACCGACCACAGUGACGACCACAAAGACGCCGCCACGUGUCAGAGCAUCCGCUUCUUCCGCUAACAUGUUCUUCGCCAUUGUUCCAGUUAUCUUCUUCAUGUUUUAA